CUGACGUCACGGCGCAGGGCGUGCGGGCGGCUGGACGUGAUCCCCGGGUGCUCGGCGCCCCCAGGGUUUAGGAGCCAUUGUUGUGGACGGAGAGAAGGGGACGUGAGCGGCCAUUGAGGGUGGCCAGGGUGCCGGUGAGCCCCUCAUCUGCUCGGUGAGCUUCGGCGGAGGACCACAUGGCAGGGCACAACAAGGAGAAGCGUUAUGAGUGUGACGUGUGUGGCAAGGCCUGGCAGUACCCGAGCCAGCUGGAGAUCCACCGGCGGGUGCAUACGGGAGAACGCCCCUUCGACUGCUCGGAGUGCGGCAAGAACUUCACCCUCUACGCCAACAUGAUGCGGCACUACCAAGUGCACUCCUUGACCUGCUCCGACUGUGGCAAGGACUUCACGACGGCGCAAGAGCUGAAAAUCCACCAGCAGGUGCACACGGGCAAGAAGCCAUUCAACUGCUCCGACUGCGGCAAGAGCUUCAAGACGACAAAUGAGCUGAAGAUCCACCAGCGGGUGCACACAGGCGAGAAGCCCUUCGGCUGCUCUACCUGUGGCAAAAGCUUUUCCCAGUCAUCUGGGUUGCAGGUGCACCGGCGGGUGCACAGCAGUGAGCGGCCCUUCACCUGCUCCGACUGCGGCAAAGGCUUCAAGUACUCCACGGACCUGAAGGCCUGA